CCGAGACGUUCAGGGUCUGAGCGGCUUCGACAGCCGCCGCGUCUCGCCGCUGCAUGUCUCCGCCACUUCUCCUCCACACGUCGUCUUCCACCGCCGCCGAAUGAAGAUUAACAGGUAUGCCAAAGGAAAAAUAUGAUCCUCCAGAUCCCCGCAGAUGUUACACCAUCAUGUCGGCCGAGGAGGUGGCCGCUGGGAAGAAGUCUUACUGGGCCGAGCUGGAGAUUUCAGGGCGCGUGCGGAGUCUGAGCAGCUCGCUGUGGACGCUCACCCACCUGACGGCGCUGCACAUCAACGACAACAACCUGAGCCGCAUCCCGCCGGACAUCGCCCGGCUGCCGCACCUGGUCUACCUGAACCUGUCGUCCAACAAGCUGCGGAGUCUGCCGGCCGAGCUCGGCACCAUGGUCUCUCUCAGGGAGUUGCUUUUAAACAACAAUCUUUUGCGAGUUCUGCCUUAUGAACUCGGGAGACUGUUCCAGUUACAAACCCUCGGGCUGAAAGGAAACCCUCUGUCCCAGGACAUCCUCAACCUGUACCAGGAGCCGGACGGAACCAGGAAGCUUCUGAACUACAUGCUCGACAAUCUAGCGGUUCACCCGGAGCAGCUUCCCCAAAGACCUUGGGUCACUCUGAAGGAGCGAGACCAGACGAUUCCCACAGCCACGUUCACCGUCAUGUGCUACAACGUGCUGUGCGACAAGUACGCCACGCGGCAGCUGUACGGCUACUGUCCGUCCUGGGCGCUCAACUGGGAGUACCGGAAGAAGGGCAUCAUGGAGGACAUCACCAGCUGCGACGCCGACGUCAUCAGCCUGCAGGAGGUGGAGACGGAGCAGUACUACACCUUGUUCCUGGAGACGCUGAAGGAGCGCGGCUACGACGGAUACUUCUGCCCAAAGUCUCGCGCCAAACUGGUCUCCGAGCAGGAGAGGAAGCACGUGGACGGCUGCGCGGUUUUCUUCAAGACCGACAAGUUCACGCUGGUGCAGAAGCACACGGUGGAGUUCAACCAGGUGGCCAUGGCCAACUCCGAGGGCUCCGAGGUCAUGCUGAACCGGGUGAUGACCAAGGACAACAUCGGCGUGGCCGUCCUGCUCGAGGUCAACAAGGACGCCUUCUCCGGCGGCAUGAAGCCUCAGCUGGACCGGCAGCUCAUCCUGGUGGCCAACGCCCACAUGCACUGGGACCCCGAGUACUCGGACGUCAAGCUGGUCCAGACCAUGAUGUUCCUGUCGGAGCUGAAGAGCAUCGCCGAGAGGGCCUCGGGCUCCGCGGCGACCGGCUCGCCGUCCUCCGACCCCUCCUCCAUCCCCAUCGUCCUGUGCGCCGACCUCAACUCGCUGCCCGACUCCGGUGUGGUGGAAUACCUGAGCGACGGCGGCGUGGCCGAGAACCACAAGGACUUCAAGGAGCUGCGCUACAGCGACUGUCUGACCAACUUCAGCUGCAACGGCAACUCGGACGGGAGCGUCACGCACAGCUUCCAGCUGAAGAGUGCCUACGACAGCAACCUGAUGCCUUACACCAACUACACGUACGACUUCAAGGGCGUGAUCGACUACAUCUUCUUCUCCAAGACCCACAUGAGCGUCCUGGGCCUGCUGGGCCCGCUGGACAGCCAGUGGCUGGUGGACAACAGCAUCACUGGCUGCCCCCACCCCCACAUCCCCUCGGACCACUUCUCCCUGCUGGCCCAGCUGGAGCUGCACCCGCCCCCGGCCCGGCCGCUCAACCCCCUCAACGGGCUGCACCUGCCGGUGAACAGGUAGUGCGGCCGGACGGAGCCCCGCCCCCCCCCACCACUUCUUUUAAACACUGCCCGCCCCCUCCAGGUUUCUACAGGACCCUGUACAGUUCACCCAUCAUGUCAGAACUCGGACAGCGUCCUUCAGACACACCGGCCCGAUCGGAGUGAAGUAUUCGCCCGGUUCCGUUGCACACUGUAAAAUGUUUUAUUUGAUUUUUUUGCUUUCUCCACCUUGAAAAAGUCUUGAUACCAAAACGUUUGGCUCGUGGUUGAAGCUACUUCUUCUUUUUGUUGUUGCCUUUAGUUUGAUCACGGCCUCAAACGAACCUCAACCGACCUCGACCUUUAUGAGAUAAAUCUACUGUCCGUUGAUGAGCUGGCUUAGAUUUUCGUUUUUCCUCAUUUCACUUUUUCCGUUACAAACCCAACGUGAAACACUACGAGCGACUGAGUCUAAGUUAUGAAUAUUACAAGAGGAUGUGGAAAGGUUUGUUUACAUCGGUACUUGUUCUAGAUUUUGGUCGGAAAAGAAAAAACAAACAAAAAUAUACUUAAUUCAGUUAUACGAGAGAAAAUACUUUUACGAUUUUUAAAGUUAAAAACUAGAGCCCGACCGAUAUGGAUUUUUGGGGUCCGAUAACGAUAUUGAUAUUAAGGAGUACAAGAUUUCUGAUAUAAAUAAAUAAAUAUAUAUAUAUAUAUAUAUAUAUAUAUAU